CCUAUGGUUUGCUAGAUAAAUAGGCAUGAGGCAGAGUGGUUUUGGCACUUGAAGAAGGGACGAUGGAGUUAGGAUGCAGAAAUCAAAUCGUGGAUUCGGAGCGGCGUGGCGCGAGGUCACGUGUGCUGUCUGGCUACUAUCUAGAGGAAUAGGUAGAGGGGUGCGCCGUGUAUAUAAAAAGCAGAAAGAGCAAGAAGUGAAGAAGUGGGGUAAAGCUAAAAGGGAUCAAAUGCCAAUGGCAUGCCGCUUUGAACGCCGCUUUGAUGCAGAUGCAGAUGCAGAUGCAAUGCAAUACAACGCCGAAGAUGUUGAAGGGAGAAAGGAGCAGAGACGCAUUGCGUGCGCUGCGAUGCGAUGCCAUGCGAUGCCAUGCGAUGCCAUGCAGAACAACAUCCGCGCAAGCGCUCGAAUAAACAGAAAGACAGAAACUCAAUCCGAGAGAAAGGUGAAAACGCCAGGAAAUGCCGCUUGCUGAACAACAUCCUUCAAGAACAAAAACCAAAAACCAAAAAACCGAA